AAUAACUUCGAAGUUCAGGUGUAGAAGCGUCUCGUCAUUACUUACAUGAAAUUGACACAUCUGUGCGAACAUAGUUUUAUGUAUUUUUUAUUGGACGAUUCUGAAUUCUGGGGGUGCCAAAACAAACAUCACUGGAAAUGAAGACGUGCUUUUAAGAAGGCUACUUAAGUUUAGACUUUUACCUUCAAAGAUAAAAAAAAAAAAACUUAAUGUUUAUAGCAAUAUUCCUUCAUCUACGUUUUGAAAUACACUUUCAAAAACAGAAGAUUCAAGCGCAGCCACACGAUUGAGCUGCGUUCAUAAGCGUCUCGGAGGAUGCUUUUUAAGGCUUAAAAAUGGCAGGAAUGCAUCCAAGUCUGAAUCUGGUCCUACUUGGAAAAGCAGGAGUUGGGAAAAGUGCAACUGGAAACACAAUCCUGGGACGAGAAGUUUUCAUAUCAAAGAAAAGCUUCACAUCCGUCACACAGGAGGUUGCUGAGGAAUCCAGUAUGGUCUGUGGACGACGGGUCACUGUUUAUGACACACCAGGAUUCCUUGACUCAGAGGAGAGUGAAGAGAAGAUUCAGCAGAUAUAUAAUGUUUUCCAGAAAUGUGAAUCCCAUCCCUGUGUGUUUCUACUGGUGAUCAAAGCUGACAGAUUCACUGAAGAAGAGAGAAAAACUGUGGAGAAGAUUGAGAAGGUUUUGGGAGUAAAGCGCAAAAGAAAAACCUGGAUUCUCUUCACCAGAGGAGAUCAACUAGAGGAAGACGACAUGACGAUAGAAGAAUUCAUCAGUGAUUAUGAAGUGUUGAAGAAACUCCUUCAGGAAUAUGAGCAGAGAUACUGUGUGUUCAACAACACGAAUAGUGGACAUAUUGGACAAGUUCAAGAGCUGUUUACAAAAAUACUUGAAACAAACUGUUACACAACAGUUGCUGAUGGACGCAUUGUAUUAUUGGAUCCUCCUGAAACCACACAGUUUGUCACAAUUGAUGAUGAUGAAGAGACCACAUCUGCUGUGACUGAAUUAGAAAGUGCUGGGAGACCCACAGAGAAUGUAGCUGGGGAUGUUAAUGCAGAUGAGGGUCCAUCUACCUCUACACCUAAUCUUAGCAGUUUGUCUGAAAAGGAGCUGGCUAAGGUCCAUCUAUUAAGGCAAAUUAAAAAAAGUGACAUGGACAUGGACCUUAUACAGCUUCAGCAAGAGGAGAAAAGGCUGGCCAUUAAAAAGACCAAACUUGAAAUCAAAUUAAUGGAGCAUAACCUUAAGGUCAUCUUCAUCAGGACAGGGGGGAUGCCUCUCUCCUCUUAUUGUUGUGGCAAUGUUGUGAAGUACCACACAUGUCACAUCCCCUAUUUGGAGUGA